UAGACUCUAGAAAGAGAAGAGAAGAGAAGAGAAGAGAAGAGAGGGGGACUCAGAGAGAUAGAAAUGGCAACAAGAGGUUUUAUUUUGUAUCUAAUCUCUGGGUUCUCAGUAGCUAUUCUUGCAACGUUCUUCAUCACUAAUCCAAAUAGCAAUCUCUCCUUAAAUCAUAAUUCUAAAGAUGGAUUGAGUUUGAGUAAUGGUCUGGGAACUAGUGACAGAGUUUGGCCUAAAUUGGCAUUUAAUUGGAGGGUCAUAUUGGCUACUGCUAUUGGAUUCUUUGGUUCUGCUUUUGGCACCGUUGGUGGUGUUGGUGGUGGUGGGAUCUUUGUUCCUAUGCUCAAUUUGGUUGUUGGUUUUGAUACCAAAUCUGCUGCUGCGCUUUCCAAGUGUAUGAUAAUGGGUGCAUCAACAUCAUCAGUUUGGUAUAAUCUAAGAGUACCACAUCCAACAAAAGAAGUACCAAUUAUUGAUUAUGAUCUUGCUUUGCUCUUUCAACCAAUGUUAAUGUUAGGCAUUACAUUUGGUGUUGCACUCAGUGUUGUUUUCCCAUUCUGGUUAAUCACCAUUCUUAUUAUCAUUCUUUUUGUGGGAACAUCGUUGAGAUCGUUCGUGAAAGGAAUCGAGAUGUGGAAGCAAGAGACAAUCUUAAAUCAAGAAUAUGUGAAACAACAAGAAGCACAAAGCAACUCAAUUCAUAUUGAUGCAGACUAUGAUUUGCUAGUUCCCCAAGAAGAGAAAUCUGGAUUAGAAAUACUAAAAUCCAACUUAAGAUGGAAAGGAAUUUUCGUGCUAAUGAUUGUUUGGAUUUCUUUUUUACUUCUUCAAGUCAUCAAGAAUUUCACAAAGGAAUGCAGUUUAUGGUACUGGGUACUUAACUUCAUGCAGAUUCCUGUGGCAUUGGUUGUAUAUGGUUUUGAAGCAGUGAAACUGUAUAAAGAGAGCAAGGAAAGAAGAACGAAUGGGAACAUGGAAUCUGUUUGUGAAGCGACAAUACAAUGGAGUGCACUGCAACUUGCAUUUUGUGCCUUUGCUGGUCUCUUAGGAGGUACAGUUGGUGGUCUCUUAGGCUCUGGUGGAGGCUUCAUUCUGGGUCCUCUCCUUCUUGAACUUGGUGUCAUUCCACAGGUUGCUAGUGCGACGGCCACAUUUGUUAUGAUGUUUUCAUCAUCCCUGUCUGUAAUCGAGUUUUACUUCUUGGGUAGAUUUCCCAUCCCAUACGCCUUGUUUCUCGUUGCAGUAUCAGUAGCGGCUGGAUUUUGGGGACAAUUUUUCGUAAGAAAAUUAGUGCUGUUGUUAAAAAGAGCUUCAGUCAUAGUCUUCAUUCUUUCAGCUGUCAUCUUCGCGAGCGCUUUAACAAUGGGGGUGGUUGGCAUUGAGAAGAGCCUUUAUAUGAUUCAUAAUCAUGAAUACAUGGGAUUUCUCGCGUUUUGCAGUUAGACGAUGCAUUAAAAAUGUCAGCAAUGAAGGAACUAGUAGAUAUGACAGUUUACAAAGGGGAUAUUGGUUAAUUGCUGAUUGACCAAGGCAACACCCUAAACCAAUUCCAUAUAUGAAGCUAAUAAAAGAUCUGGAAUGUAUAUGGUAGCUACUUGUUAACGCAUCAUUUCCAUGAUCACUCCAUUGUAAUUUUACAGCAUUAGAUUCUUUUGUUUUAGAUUAAAGGUUUGCGAAGGUUCUGUAAGUUUUCAUGUCCUGUAAAUGUUUGUUUGGCGCCUCUUGAUUGUCCAAGAAGCCCCUUUAUUCCCAGAUAUAAAUACAAAAAUUCAUUUUUGAAUUAAUCCGCACACCAUAAUUGGCAUAAA